CUCCAUAACCUUGCGAAAAUGGAGAAAGUUGGAAAAACCUACUUCGACCCGUUAGCGAGGUCCAAAUCUCAGAUCGUAGCACUAUUGGAAACGCUACCCGUUGGUUCUGCACAUCCCUUCAGUCCCGAGAAUAUCCUUCUUUGUAGAACCAAAAAUGGGAUUGAGGAGAUCGAUAUCUCUUCGUAUGAGGAAGACAACUUCCUCAAUCAAGUCGACCUCGGUGAGAUGGCUCAGGUUCUCUUGCAGAGAAUGUCUGGCUUCAAGUACGAAUUGGGCGUUUUUGAUGAAUUUAGGGUCGCCCAAGUCCCAAAUCCUACAUUCAGAGUCCCGAUAGUUUCUGACCAGAUUGCGAUACUCGCUGUGUCAUUACGUAAACCGACUUAUUACGAUCUGUGCUUCGCCGACUCAUCAUAUAAUGCAAGCUGCUGGAAUUCGAUGUCCACGCUGCGAGGAAUUCGCCACAGCGGUGAUCAUACGCACGGCGAGGACUUCCUCGCCUAUAUAACUCUCGACAAGACCAAACUCACGAACAAGGAGAUAUGCGUCUUCAUCUCGGGCUAUCGAAACACCCAAAUCACAGAGUUCAAUGGGACACAUCCAGCAGUUCUGGUUGCUGAUCAUGUAGACAAGGUCCUCUACACAAUUCCAGUUCCUCUUGACAGGGCCACAGUAAAUGAUUCCACUAUUUGCUGCCCAAUGGUUUUCAAAAGGGAUGAAGAUUCGCUAAUCUGUUCCAUGUUACCAACCGCCACGACGGACCGGAACAAGAUGUGCAAUGGCAGCACUUUCGAGUCAGAGGCUAUUACCCAAGCAAUCAACCGGGCCGACUUCGACAUCCCUGCUCCUUCUCAAGAUACGGAUGCGGGAGUGACUACGGAUGGUUCUUCAACCUCGAAAGAUGUUCAGGACUCAAAGCAAGUCGAUCUAUUUAGCGCAGGCGAGAACGCAGUCCUGAUCUCCAGUACCGGCGAACUGCCGUCAUUCGUCGAUGUUGAGGCACACAUGACCAACCUCAUACAUUUCGACACUGGAAUAGAGUUCGAUUCCACCACUACCACGAAGACCCCGAAGACAGAAUCUACCAAGACGGUUCUACCGUGUAUCUUCGGGUCGCGAAUGGAGGGACCGCUCCUCCUAGCACUAGGACGAAUGCCAGCUAAUGUGCCCUUUGCCACGGAGCAAGAAUUCUUGAACUACUACCAGAACCUCAAGAAUGUUGUUGUGGUUGUUGAUGAGCGAAUGACUGAUAACGCCCGCAAUCUGGCCUCGCGCUACAGAAUCAACGCGCUGUUCAUUGUACAACUUCUGGAAAGCCAAGAAGAGAGCACAGACGAAAUCUUACAAAGACUCAAUACAGCAAAUAUCAAUGCUGUUACUGCUCUUGCUGGACCGCAGUCACUCGUACUUGUCCAGAUCCGUGACAAGUUCUACUUUUACAGAGGCAUUGCGAAUCGAGAACACCUAAACACUUCUAAGCUCGCGUUUGGUUCAGACGUAACAUCUGCGAUCAACUCUGCAGGCAUGUCAUCAAUUAUCGACCCAAGAGCGCAGCGGAUAGUGAACCUGGAUAACGAAAUCCCUAUCAUCAUCCCAAGCUCCGGAAAAUUGAUCCAGCAAGGUGAUAUCAAGCAGCUGUUCGAAGACCUCUCGUUGGAACAGAUCAGGGCUUUGGAAGAAGACGUUUGCGCUAUUGUUCCACAACUUCAAAGUUCGCUCGGAGAAAAGGAGCUAAUCAAACUUAGCGAGUCUUUAGUCUCUAUUCUGUCAUCUAAGCUAAGCAACGCAGUGGCGCCUUUGAGGAACGCAUACGUUAAGCUUAUAACAGAAGAAGGUUUCGGUGGAUCGGCAGGCGCCAAAUUGCAAAGUCAAAAGGGGAGAAUGCUUGGUGAACUGCGGAAAUCUACCAAAGAACUCCAAAAAGCUCUCAAGCCUGUCAUCUCAAGUUUUGAGAACAUGAUAUCUGCUCAGACAAGCUCGAAGAGAACGCAUGACCUUCAAAGACUUGCUAGAAAAGCGGCCAUCAACAGCAAUGUUGAAGCUACCAAGUCUAUGACUUUCGAUACAGUGGCAGGGUUUCUUGAAGAUUAUGCCGGUGACAUGGGGGUUUUGUUGCUCAAUAUCGAAGAGAGUGCAUAUCUGAAGGUGCUCCGUGACUUGAAUAACAUUGCAACUAUUGAUGCACGAGAUUCUUGUAACCUUGACCGACGUUUGAUACACCUGGAGGGAUUGGACGCCGGCAUCGUCCUUCCACAGUCACAGAAUCACCAUCACGGGCCGCUGUCUAGCCAAAAAGGGUCGGAUCAACCAAUACUAGCAAUGCCGAAUCUCAACCAACACUCCGUGUCAAUGCUGGCUUUGGUUUGCUGGGAUGAAUUUGUGAAUCUUGAGAGUCCUUACACCGUGCGCUGGGUCGAAAAAUGUAACGAGAAACAUAUAGCUGCACUGAGAAUCUUGAUGCGAGACACACUCAGUAGCGCGACAGCGUGUAGGGAGUACAACUUCUCGCCUGGUAUGCCCGAGAUCGGCAACUUGCUGAGCCGAUUACUGAUGGCAGCCAUGUUCAAACUGGCGGGGCUGAGAACAUCCGCACCUACUUUGGUUGAAAAGGCUGAGGAUACAGUCACGCGAUUAAUGCGAGGGCUCUUUGGGAAUCUUCUGACAACUGCGGGGUCUGGAGUAAAACCGAUGAGUAUGGUCUGGCAGCUGUUUGGGUUAUAUCCUCAAAUCGAUCUCCCGGAUGAUGCUGCAGAAUGGGUCUGGUACGAGACCGUCGUUUCCUUAUACCCUUACACUGGGUGGCCGCUCCAGCAAUUCAACAAGAAUCUGGAAAAGCUCCUCGACAAAGCGAUACUUCGCGUGAUCACCAAGAACGAGAGGAAGGAUAAGAUCAAGGACGACCGUAUGUCCAAGAUGAUCGAAUGUUGCCGGCUUCGAAACAUACAGCUUGAUAGAUCACGCUCAAUCAUCACUGUCAUCAAGCGCAUGCUGACAGACGGCUAUGGCCACGCGGAUGCAGCAUCGAUCGCAUCACGACUACUUGCUGAAAUUCCACACCAAUUGGAGAGACAGUCCCAAAGCUACACACGUAUGAUCAAGUAUCUCAAGCACCUAGCAGCACUUGGAUCGCGCAUAGGCACUGAGGACCUCAUUUUCGCAAGCGUGUACAACAAGCGCUCAGCCGCCUACAGCGAGCUCAAAACCAAAAUCUCGGAAGCAGCCGCCAGCGAAAACUGGCCAGAAAUGAAACAAGCCUGCCAACAACUCAUGAAACAGCACGACAGCGUGGCUUCUCUCUGGAAAGUCAAUCCCAGGUCGCUAAGAUUCCAGAACAUCGAGGUUAUCAGAACGUACUCCGAAACCGAGAUGAUCGAAGAUAAUCUCAAGAACACCAAAGCAUUCCAAAAGGUCAUUCACGACGCUGAGAAGACCCGAGUUCCAUGGCAAGUCGGCAAAAAAGGACAAUUCGGCAAUGAAAUCGAACCACUCGAUGAAGCUUUCGUGCAAGAGAUGUUGACGGGUGAGAGGCCAGCGACACCUCCCGGGUCCAAAUCCGCCGCUACCCAGGAAUUAUGGGAAUCAAAGGAAGUAGUGAAUCGCACGCUCAGCGAGCAGUUCUCAGACUUUGAUUCUACGAUACAAAAGUCCUUCAUCACCCAGAUGCAGAAGAAAAAUAUGUCGGCUGAGGACGUGUGCAACAUCAUCAAGAUCCCCGUUUCGACGAUGCGCGCGUUUGUGAAGUCGCUGAAUGCGGACUUUGUGUGGGGUGAGUUGGCGGGGAACUUCAAGGCGGUGGUGCUGGCGCUGUUGAAGAAUCGCUCGAAUCGGGAGUCAGGCGGUGCGACGAGAAUACUGCUGGGGAUAACGAACAAGAAGAAUGAGAAGAAGGCGAUAAAAGGAUAG